AUGAUCAUAGCCUCCAUCAGUGCCUCUAUCGUUCUAGAUGAACGAGUCUAUUCCAAACAAAGCGAGAAAAUCAGAAGAAAUGAAGGCUUAUUGGAGGAAAUGGAGGGCUGGACAGUCGGUGUACGGUUACUGAACGAGCAAAUCUCGACGCUAUCCGGCUAUUCCACCCAGUUUGCCAUUUCACAACCUGGAAUUGACGGGUUGGUCACAUUGAGUGAAGUACGAGUACUUCAUUACAAUCCUCCGCAGGUUUCCGUAGUCAACUUCCUUCCUCCUCGUUAUGUCAUUUUCGGGCUGGAAAACAUGGACAUUUCGCUCGCUGGGGCGUUUUAUGGCACGGGCGGCCCAUUUCAAGUACAGGGAUUCGUUGAUGGAAGUAUUGUUGGAAUGACAGUGGCGCUGACUGCAGAAUUUGCUACCACUGCAGACGGCAUGAUGAACGUUCAGGUUGAUUAUCACAUUACUUUUUGCCAUCGUGCCGAACUGCUCGACAGUAAUCAGCCACAGCCAUUUCAACCUCGAUCCCCAGGGACCGAUGGGACCUCUCCUGAAGACGUUAGAGAUUUUUAUGGCCUCAUCAACGAAGGAAUUCGACAUCGGAUACCGGGAAUGUUCUGCAAAAAGCUCAAGCAUCUGAUCGAAGAGAACUCACCACGUCUCUUCGAAAAACUUGUUCGAACUGAAUUCCAAGAGCAUUUCAAGGACUUCCGCCUCAUCGAUAGUCCAGUGAUAAAAAAGUGA